UUGCUUUUUUGGCUAUUCAUCUCAAUGGCUACUUUGACAAAGACAACCAUUAAGAAUAACUUCAACAAAGCCAUGGGCUAUUUGCAGAGCUUGGAUGGGAAGGAAGACACAUUGACCGAAACACAAUUAAAUUUUUUCUGCGAUGGAUUUGAUGAUGUCUUUAUGGGGUUCAAGUGGAAUGCUGGGUUCUAUGCUGGAUUUGCGCAGGUCAUUAAGGAUGUUGAGUGGCCUUUCUUCGAGAAGACUAAACCGGCCUUUAGCAUUAAGAAAGGUAGACUUCAUUCAUUGUUCGAGAAUUCGAUAACCGAUGUUUUGGUUGCCGAUUUGGCUCUGGACGAUUGGUUGCGUUUUUCCGAAGAAGUUGUGACCAAAUUGCGCCUCUUAAUGAAUCGAUAUGCUAAGAGCCGUGGCAUGCUUUCUGCAAGGUAA